CUUGCUUUCACACCUGUUGGAGACCCUCUAUACCCGUUUCUGCCUGCUAGGCUGUUCAUGUUGCUGUGACAUCUGUGUCUGAGGAAAUUCCUCGUCUAUCGGAUCUCUCGCCUCAACACCUCCUACCAUGGACUCACCACGCCCGAGUAGCCGGCGGAACACGCUGAAUAUUCCAUCUAAACCGGAUUCUAGCCUUGCGGAAUGGACAAGCAAGAUCAAGGAGCUGCAGAGGCAGGUGGAUGAUGAUGAGGAGGCAGAGACUCGGAGGCUUGAGGCGGAGAUCGCAGCCUCGAGGCAGGCUCGUCUCCGGAGGAGCACCGGCUACGCUAGUCGGUCCAGCAGCGUGGACCUUUCACAGAGCACCACUGCGUCUCCUGCGAGGACUGAAGAGCGCUCGCGUACUUCAGACGCUGCCUUCUCUGCGGUUGAUAGACAGAGAAACCAGGACGAUGCUCUCAAGAAGCUACUGGGGGAGAGCCCGGCACCACAGCCCGUUGCACAACCUUCGCCUUCCGUCGCGCCCAGCCAGCCCAAGCGCCCUCCAGAGCCCAUGUCCCUUGCCGCAUUCAUUGGUGGGCGCGCGACGGGUCCCAAGCUCACGAGGCACGCGCCGCAGCAGGAUGCUCAUGACCCGACGCAGUUCGAGCAGCGCACGCACGUAUCAGCCCCCCAUCCUGUAUUCGGCCGAGGGGGUGUGGCCAUGCCGGGCAUGACGGGCGGCGGGCGGGCCUCUGAGGUAGCCCGCACCAUUCGCGAACAACAGAGUCAACCCACCACUACCGCUUCCCAUAUCGGGCAAGCCCAGAGGGACCGCCGCAUCAGUACACCAUCCGCGGUGCGAUCUGUCGUGGAGAAGGCAGAGGAGCACACUGUCCUCCCGAGCUAUACUGGAUCUUUGGUUCAGAGCGCUACUCGGCAGCGUACCAUAAGUACACCCACUGGUGCCACUCCAACCCGAAUGAGUCCCGUAGCGGAGACGUAUCUAGCAGCUAAGCCGAAAGCUGAACCCAUUCCCCGUCCUCUGUCACAUUCUCCAAACCCAACCGUCCGCCCGAUUACACCGUACGGGAAUAGUGUGUCACCGGCGCCCUAUAGUACUUCGAAGUCUCCUGCUCCUCGACCACUCUCUUCGGCCUCUCAUCGUGUAUCCCACACACCUCCUCCGCCAUCCCCUACGCAUUCCCCUAAGCCCCCCUCCAUCACCACACCAAGUCUGGCACGUCCAAUCCAACCUACACCCCGGCACUCGCUAGGAAGCCCGCAUAUGCCGCCUUCUCAGAACCCUUCGCCCGCGUUCCUCAGGCCACCUCCCGCGAAGGAGCCGACUCCCAGCUUGAGCAGACUGCAAGGCCGUGGUUUUGUGCAGAACAUGGUCAAGAAGACCUCGGAGCUUUCUGUCACCUCUCCUGAGGGCUCUCCGACUCCUGAUCGCAAGGAUUCUGGAGGACGGAGGCAAAGCUCGGUGCUGGACCGAUGGCAAUACCCCAACGCCACAGGUUCACCUACUCCGCCGCCUGUCAUUCAACCGAAGCCUAUGCCUCUCCGGAAGUCAUUCACCGUUGACCCUGGAUCGCCGACCGCGUCAUCCUACAGCGUACCACUGAAGUCCGACAACACCGGCCGGACGCUCAAGUCCAAGUCAUCCCUUCCGACCUUGCCUACUAUGAGGACAGGAGACUCGGUCGCAGGCCCAUCGUCGAUGAGCGAGAGUGGGUACGGUGGCCCGAGCCCCAAGCUCGGUUCCGCGAAGACGGUUAUCACGUACAUCCAGCCCGCGAGGACCGGCGACCCGCCCAUCCCCCACCACGCGCAGCACGAAGCCCCGGCGCCGGACGUGGACGAGCUGGGGAUGCGCGUGCGGACGCGGACGAUGAGCGAAGGGCUUAUGCAGGAGCGGGGCGCGGCGGGCCAGCCACUCAGUCAUCCGACGAAGGACCGCGCGAAGAAGCCGCGCAGGGGAAAGACCACGCCUGCCAUGGCAGGAUCGAAGCUCGAGGCCAUCCGCGAAGGGGUCCCCACUCACGAUGAACCGAAAGCUCAAGUCGUGCAACGCGAAAGCAGUGCACCUUCCCUCCGUGCGCCGGAGCUUGCAACACCCGUCCGGACGGCGUCGCCAGUGUCGCAGUACCCCUCUCCGCCUUCAACCACAGGCAAAGCAGAGGCCGCAACUACCAAGCCCGCCGUGCCAAGGAAGCCUUCACUGGACGUCUUAGUUCCAACAGUCGCGACCCCGGGCAAGACCAGCCCCGUCAGCCCGCUCGUUCCCCCCAAGCCUGCGCGGAGCCCGUCGACCACACCUCCGCAGAGCUCAGGACAGAAGCCGCCCGCGAGCCCCGCGAAGCACACGCGUAUACCGAGCACGGGGAACCGCGCAACCGUGAUGGACGUUGCGCAGGCGUUCAGCGAGAGCCUCCAGUCCGGCAGCCCCGCUUCUGCCUCUCCGGUCGAGUCGAAGCUCCCUCCCCUGCCAACUGUGGACUCGAAACUGGUACCGGAGUCAGCAGUGAAGGAGGAAGAGGAGGACUACGAGCCACCGAGCGUCAAGAACUUGGUCUCCAAUUGGGGCCCGCGCAAUAACGGUGCAGCCCCGGCUCUUACGGCGCCUGCCCUCGAGCGACGUAAGUCCAGCUACGAGAAGUACUCCUCGUUCGUCCUCCCGCCCGUAAAGGAAGAGAGGACGCCCGUCUCCUCGCCCGCUGGAACCCUCGCUCGUGGUGCCGUGCCCUUCGCCGAGGUCGUCAAGGAAGAGGUGAUCCCAGUGAAAGAGGAGAAGCCGAAGGCAGCGGAUGUUGUCGUCGCUGUCGAAGCUGUUGAGGUGAAGCCGCAGGUCCGGGAUGAACACAUUCGAUUGGUACACGCCGACGAGCCGCUCCCCCGUGUUGACGUGGACGCGCUCUACCGCGCGCCACGCCCUUCGUACGCUCCGGACCCGGACGUGAGCACGAUCUCCGUCGACGUACUGGCGAUCACAGGGAACACUGCGAGCGCGCUCACCAAGGAUUCGAGCAUCUUUUACGACGCUGAAGUCCUUGCCGUUAUCCAUCGGGCUAAAGUUCGCUCAAGCGGCCUCGUGCAGACAAAAGUAUGGGGCUGGCAUGGGCGCCGUGCACAGGUCGGGGAGCGGGAGGCGCAGAAGCUGCAGGAGCUCGCGCGCCGAUACGGUGCUAGCCCUGUGAUUGUGCGGCAGUUCCACGAACCUGCGGAGUUUGUGUCUGUGCUGGGCGGCCAGCUCGCCUUGAGGCAGGGUACUCGAACGCACUGGAGUGCCGAGAACACCGCGAUGCAUAUUGUCCGCUCUCGCGAAGGCAUGAUCUACAUCGACGAAGUUGAUUUGAGCAUCACGAACCUGUGUUCGGGAUACAGCUACUGCAUCUCGAUCCUUGACACCUACUACGUGUGGCAUGGGCGUGGCUCUGUAGCCGCUGAACAGCGCGCAGCACUUCAAUACGCGCAGACUCUGGCCUCGACUCCCGAGAACGUCGUUGAGUUGACGGAGGACGAGAGCCAGGCGGACGACAUGUUCUGGAUGAUUCUCGGCGAAGGUGAACACGCGAAGGCGGAUUACUGGCAGUGGCGCGCGACCGCGCCAACCGUCGACCCCCGAGUGUGGGUGGUCGAUGGUGCCCAGGGUAACGAAGUGGUUCGCCCGAUCUCUGUGCUGCCCUCACACCCGGAGUUUGGUCAAUCAGUCUUCAUCGUCGAUUGCAUCUGGGAGUUGUUCGUGCUGGUGGGCAGUGCAGCGCGAGGACGCCGACUCGAAAUUCGCCUGGCACUCACGGUCGCCGAUGCACUGGCAUGGAAGGCGUCGUCUACGCGGCCGUUUACGCCACCUGUUCACGCCCUCAUCUUCCCUACCCAGAUACCCGCAGACCUUCUGCUCACCUUCCGGGAGCUUGAUGUGUCCGUUGUGAACGGUGGCAAUAUACCGGAUCACAUGAACCUGAUACCUGCGAGCGAGGCCACAUCUGACCUCAAAUCAAGUACUUGGACUUCUGCGGCACUUCGGGAUCAUGCAAUGUUGCCACUGGGCGUGACCCCAGCCAACUUGGGGUGACGCUGCCUUGCGCUACUUCCCGCGUCGAACCUUGUGGCGUUGCAUGGACGCCUGGACCAUUCAAUGAU